GGGCGAGACGACGGUGUAGAGGUGGGCGGUACCCAGACGUACGGACGCCAUUUUGUGACUGAGCCUGAGGACGGAUGGAUAUCUGAGACGUGGACGCUCCGAAUCGUCUCACAUCCGACUCAGAUGUUGAUAUGUGAGUCCAUGAAGAGUCACCAUGAGUCCACCAUGACUCCACCGGUUCCAUUUGAGACGCGACUUUCUUUCAAAACGAAUUUACCUGGACCUGGACCUGGACCUGAACUCGAUCCUGGACCUGGACCUGAACCUGAACCUGAACCUGGACCUGGACUUUGUCCCAGCUGUGUGUCCUUCAGAAGUGACCAGUCGAAGUCUGAACCUCUUCUGUUUAAAGAUGGACUCUUCUGUCCUGAGCGAAGAAUUCAUCAGAGACCAGUGUCCCCUGACCCUGGAUCUGAACUCAGCUGUGUGUCCCUUAAGAGCAACCAUUCAAAGUCUGAACCCCUGGCAUUUACAGAUGGACUCGUCUCUCGUAGACCGGGAGUGGGCCAGGAGAGCUCAGAGGUUCCCAGUGGUCAGUCUGCCCAGCAGCAUCAAACACACCUGGACUCCAUAUUUAUGCUGCUGGAGGAGAACAUCCUCACUUUUGUGAAGAACGAGCUGAAGAAGAUCCAGAAGGUUCUGAGUCCAGAUUACCCAGAAUGCUUCGAGAGUCAGAGGGAGGAUGAGGAGGUGUUGGAGGGUGAGGAUGAAGAGCAGAGGAGGAGCAGCAGAGAGGCAUUUCUGAAGAUCACACUGCACUUCCUGAGGAGAAUGAAGCAGGAGGAGCUGGCUGACUGUCUGCAGAGCAAAUCUCCUGCCAUGUGCCAAUUUAACCUCAAGUCCAACCUGCAGAAGAAGUUCCAGUGUGUGUUUGAGGGGAUCGCUAAAGCAGGAAACCCAACCCUUCUGAAUCAGAUCUACACAGAGCUCUACAUCACAGAGGGAGGGACUGCAGAGGUCAAUGAUGAACAUGAGGUCAGACAGAUUGAAACAGCAUCCAGGAAACCAGACAGACCAGAAACAACCAUCAGACAAGAAGACAUCUUUAAAGCCUCACCUGGAAGAGAUGAACCAAUCAGAACAGUGAUGACAAAGGGAGUGGCUGGCAUUGGGAAAACAGUCUUAACACAGAAGUUCACUCUGGACUGGGCUGAAGACAAAGCCAACCAGGACAUACAGUUCACAUUUCCAUUCACUUUCAGAGAGCUGAAUGUGCUGAAAGAGAAAAAGUACAGCUUGGUGGAACUUGUUCAUCACUUCUUUACUGAAACCAAAGAAGCAGGAAUCUGCAGGUUUGAAGAGUUCCAGGUUGUGUUCAUCUUUGACGGUCUGGAUGAGUGUCGACUUCCUCUGGACUUCCACAACAAUGAGAUCCUGACUGAUGUUACAGAGUCCACCUCAGUGGAUGUGCUGCUGACAAACCUCAUCAGGGGGAAACUGCUUCCCUCUGCUCGCCUCUGGAUAACCACACGACCUGCAGCAGCCAAUCAGAUCCCUCCUGACUGUGUUGACAUGGUGACAGAGGUCAGAGGGUUCACUGACCCACAGAAGGAGGAGUACUUCAGGAAGAGAUUCAGAGAUGAGGAGCAGGCCAGCAGAAUCAUCUCCCACAUCAAGACAUCACGAAGCCUCCACAUCAUGUGCCACAUCCCAGUCUUCUGCUGGAUCACUGCUACAGUUCUGGAGGAUGUGAUGAAGACCAGAGAGGAAGGAGAGCUGCCCAAGACCCUGACUGAGAUGUACAUCCACUUCCUGGUGGUUCAGACCAAAGUGAAGAACAUCAAGUAUGAUGGAGGAGCUGAGACAGAUCAUCACUGGAGUCCAGAGAGCAGGAAGAUGAUUGAGUCUCUGGGAAAACUGGCUUUUGAUCAGCUGCAGAAAGGCAACCUGAUCUUCUAUGAAUCAGACCUGACAGAGUGUGGCAUCGAUAUCAGAGCAGCCUCAGUGUACUCAGGAGUGUUCACACAGAUCUUUAAAGAGGAGAGAGGACUGUACCAGGACAAGGUGUUCUGCUUCGUCCAUCUGAGUGUUCAGGAGUUUCUGGCUGCUCUUCAUGUCCAUCUGACCUUCAUCAACUCUGGAGUCAAUCUGAUGGAAGAACAACAAACAACAUCCCGGUGGUCUAAAGUCUUCAGAGACAAACAGAAUCUGAAGUAUCUCCACCAGAGUGCUGUGGACAAGGCCUUACAGAGUCCAAAUGGACACCUGGACUUGUUCCUCCGCUUCCUCCUGGGUCUCUCACUGCAGACCAAUCAGAGACACCUACGAGGUCUGCUGAGACAGACAGGAAGUAGCUCACAGACCAAUCAGGAAACAGUCCAGUACAUCAAGAAGAAGAUCAACCAGGAUCUGUCUGCAGAGAGAAGCAUCAAUCUGUUCCACUGUCUGAAUGAACUGAAUGAUCGUUCUCUAGUGGAGGAGAUCCAACAGUCCCUGAGUUCAGGACGUCUCUCCACAGAUAAACUGUCUCCUGCUCAGUGGUCAGCUCUGGUCUUCAUCUUACUGUCAUCAGAAGAAGAUCUGGACGUGUUUGACCUGAAGAAAUACUCUGCUUCAGAGGAGGCUCUUCUGAGGCUGCUGCCAGUGGUCAAAGCCUCCAACAAAGCUCUACUGAGUGGCUGUAACCUCUCAGAGAGAAGCUGUGAAGCUCUGUCCUCAGUUCUCAGCUCCCAGUCCUCCAGUCUGAGACACCUGGACCUGAGUAACAACAACCUGAAGGAUUUAGGAGUGAAAAUGCUGUUGGCUGGACUGGAGAGUCCACACUGUACUCUGGAAACUCUCAGUCUGUCAGGCUGUCUGAUCACAGAGGAAGGCUGUGCUUCUCUGGCCUCAGCUCUGAGCUCCAACCCCUCCCAUCUGAGAGAGCUGGACCUGAGCUACAAUCAUCCAGGAGACUCAGGAGUGAAGCUGCUGUCAGCUGGACAGAAGGAUCCACACUGGAGACUGAACACUCUCAGGGUGGAGCCAGGUGGAGUCCAGUGGUUGGAACCAGGUUUGAGGAAGUAUUACUGUGAGCUCACACUGGACCCAAACACGGCACACAAAUUCCUCCAGCUGUCUGAAAACAAUAGAAAGGUGACGGACCUGAGGAAGGAGCACCCGUACCCUGACCACCCGGAGAGGUUUGACUACUGGCCUCAGGUGCUGUGUGAAGAUGGCCUGACCGGUCGCUGUUACUGGGAGGUGGAGUGGGGGGGAAAGGUUUACAUUGCCGUGAGCUACAGGACAAUCGGACGAAAUGGAGACCGCGACAGCUCCAAAUUCGGAGGGAACGACCGGUCCUGGUGUCUGAGCUGCACCGAUGGAGGAUACAACGCCUGGCACAAUAACAGUGGGACGCUCGUCCCUCUUCCUUCAUCCUCUAACAGAGUAGCAGUGUAUGUGGACUGUCCUGCUGGGACUCUGUCCUUCUACAGAGUCUCCUCUGACACAUUGAUCCACCUCCACACCUUUAACACCACGUUCACCGAACCUGUGUAUCCUGGGUUUGGUUACGGGGUGAAGUUUAACUCCUUCGCGCAUCUGUGCCCGCCGUAGAACAGAGGCCAGAGAUCGGGUUGUUGUCCUGGACUGUUUGGAAUGAUGGGACUAAACUGGAUGGGGUCUGUUGUGAUGUGGAGUCUGAUCUGGUCCUCAGAUCCAGUCGUUCUCAAAAGGAUUGUUCAGAGAUGAGAAUAAACACCUCGACAACCUGAACUGUUUACGGGGCUACACAUGCCUCUCCGUCCAGGAACUUGCCAAACUCCCUGCUUUUACACCUCUAAGGCUGGAGGCAUUAUGUUUUUGGGUUGUGUGUCCAUCCAUAUGUCAAUCUCAUUCUCAUGAACACCUUGAGGGAAUUUUUUCAAAUUUGGCACAAACGUCCACUUGGAUUAAAUAGUGAACUGUUUAGAUUUUGGUUUUUAAAGGUCAAGGUUAUGGUGACCUUGUUCAUCUUGUUCUUAUGAAUGUGUUACCUCAAGAACAUCUUAAAGAAAUUCCUUCAAAUUUGGCACAAACAUCCACAUGGACUCAAGGAUGAACUGAUCAGAUUUUAGUAGUCAAGGUCACUGUGACCUGGUCUGUCUCAUUUUUGUGAAUUCAAUAUCUCAAGGAUGCCUUGAGGGAUUUCUUUCCCUUUUUUUUCAACUUUGGCACAAAUGUCCACUUGGAGUCAACAAUGAACUGUAUAGACCUUGGUGGUCAAAAGUCAAGGUUAUGGUGGCCUAGUCCGUCCCAUUCACGUGAAACGUCUAGAGGGAAUUUUCUUCAAAUUUGGCACAAAUGUUCACUUGGGCCAAACAAUGAACUGUUUAAAUUUUGGAGGUCAAAGGUCACUGUGACCUUGCGUCCAAUUUGGCACAAACAUCCACUUGGACGCAAGAAUGAACUGUGACCCUACAAGCCAUGUUUUUGUCCAUAACUCAAUAAUUCAUUCAGUAAUUAUGACAAAACUUGACACAAAUGUUUGACAGGAUAAAAUAAUGAAGUGAUGAAAUUUUGUAUCUAAAAGGUCAAAGGUCAGUGUCACUGUGACAUCAUCAUGUUUUAACGUGACAUCAUCAGGAACAUAAGUAUGUCGGUGUUCUGCCCUCCAGUGGUCACAGUGAGUCGUGUUACUGCUGAACAUCUGUUACAGCUCAGAGAUGUGUUUGUUCGCUCUGCUCCUCCAGAAUGAAUCAUGUUAUUAUAUUUAUUGUUUUUUAUUUAUUUGCACACACGCAGAAGAGUUUUGACUCGUGGAAACAACUUUCACACACAGACUGAAAACAGAAAGACGUUUUAUAAUCCUGAACGUUCACAGGUCGUUUGGAGGUUGUAUGUAAAUCUGUUCGAAGUAUUUAAAGUCCAACUUUUUGUUUUUAUUUUUAUUUGAUAAAUCUCAUGUGAUCCACUGCAGCAGACUAGAAGUUUGUUUACUGUUUAUUUAUUUAUGUUAUAUAUAGCCUAAUAAUAAACUUUGAUUAACUGAUUAACUUUA